AACCACCCGCCAUUGGCAAAAAAGUGCUUCCGUUCUUGAUUUUUUAGUCGUCGAUGAGUCAUAGAUAAAAACUUGUGUGGCUAAUUCUUUUCGUUAAAUUAAAAGUAGAAAAGGUUUAUUAUUAAAAGACCGAACUUCUCUAAAACUGUGAGCCGGAAACUUUUUGGUCAUUUUGCAGUCGACCUCACUGGAGAGGUGUCGCUCGGCAACAAGCACACAAAUGGCAGCUGACUAGAAAGUGCUAGAAGCAGAGUAAUAACGGAAGCUUUUUGGCGAUAAAUCAUAAAUAGACUUUUUCCGCUACGUCUUAUCUAUUAUUUUGGACUGUAAAUGUAAAAAUGAGUUCAAAAGCGUAUUUGUCAGGAUGUACUAUCUGUAAUAAUCAUAAAAUUGAACCGAGUAAAAAUUUUAUAAACAUCAGAAAUGCUGAAACAUUAGAACAUCUGAAACGUGGCUACCGUUUCAAGUAUAAAGUGGAAUUUGCUGACCAUUUGUAUUUAAAUUGCACAGUGCACAGACGAUGCUACAAUAACCUACUUAUCCAUUACAGUAGAUCGUUACCAAAACCAUCAAAUGGCCCUUUAUUUUGUUCGGAAAUUGUAAAUCCGCAUAACUUUCUGCGUUUCACUUUAUAAUAUACUGCGAGUAUUUUAGGUAGAUAUGCAACAUAAAACAAAAAAAUCCGCAUUGUUUGUUGAAAAUCAAGAAAAUACGUCAACACCGACAUCUCCGCACCAACGUCAAAAUAUACAAUUAUCUACUGUCAAUAAGAAUAAUUUAUCAAUUCGUCCACCUUCUGGAAGUAAAAUGAUUUCUGAUCCAUUAAGUGACAUUUCAAAUAGUUUCAAUGCAAAUAUUGAUUUGUUCAAUGAUCCAGACAAUGACACAAACUAUUCUGAUAAUCAACUCACAAAUGAAGAGAAUAUUUCUCCUCUAUCACAACAGCCCGAAAAGCAGUGUGGUUUUGCCAUCCCCGUCGAUAAAUGA